AUGCAUAGGACAAACCGUGGACUUGAAGAUCCCCAAGUGUUCGAUGUGGCAAAGAGGAGGAAGCUAAACGAGAAUCAUGACGGUGCACCAGAGCUCUACCGUGUGACCACUUCGAUCCAAUUCUCCUACUCUGAUUAUACGGUCGGAUGGAUCUGUGCCCUUCCAUUGGAGGUGGCUGCAGCUAAGGCCAUGUUGGACGAAAUUCACCCCGCCUUACCCAAGUCUCUUCAAGACCACAAUACCUAUACUCUGGGACGGAUAGGGACUCAUAACGUUGUUGUUGCCUGUAUGCCUGCAGGGGUAUAUGGCACGACAUCAGCAGUGACCGUGGCCACUUCAAUGCUGUCAAGCUUUCAAUCAAUCCGCAUUGGCUUGAUGGUAGGCAUUGGAGGAGGAGCCCACAGUUCGUGCAACGACAUUCGACUGGGAGAUGUUGUUGUGAGCAAACCGGACGAGAACUUCGGGGGAGUGGUCCAAUAUGACUACGGCAAAACUGUUCAAGAGGGACGGUUUAGACGUAUCGGCACGUUGAAUAAGCCCCCUCAAGUGCUCUUGACGGCCGUGUCUCAGUUACAAGCAGACCAUACAUUGGGAGUCGGUCGGAUUCCAGAAUACCUGUCUGAGAUGGGAGCAAGAUAUCGUUCCUUGUUACCUGAAUAUGGAUAUUGUGAUCGACGACCGGAUCGGCUAUACGACGCUCUAUAUGAGCACCUUAACUCGGAGGGCACUUGUGAAGGUCGCGAUCCGAGUAAAUUAGUGACUCGGCCUCCUCGAUCCGGAAACCAUCCAGCGAUUCAUUACGGACUGAUCGCGUCGGGCAAUCAGGUGAUCCGGGGUAUUUGCGACUAUGCCGAUUCACGCAAGAACAAGCAAUGGCAGGAAUAUGCAGCGGCGACGGCGGCAGCAUAUGCUAAGGAGAUUCUCUCGCUCCCAGUGGCAGCUGGAGCCGCUUUCAAUUCCCAUCAAAGUGAACUUGAUGUUCGAUGUCACCCGGAUACUCGGGUAGACUUACUGCGAGAGAUAUACGGUUGGGCUGACGAUGCUGAUGGGAAAUGCAUUCUUUGGCUAAAAGGUGUGGCCGGAACGGGCAAGUCGACGAUCUCUCGCACGGCGGCGCAGAUGUUUGCCGACCACGGGCGACUAGCUGCUAGUUUCUUCUUCAAGCGAGGUGAACAUGAUCGCGAGAACGCAAGUCUAUUCUUUACCACCAUUACCCUUGACUUGGUACGACAGAUUCCAGAUUUGGCGGCACACAUUCAGCAGGCGAUCAACGAGGAUCCAGGGAUCAUCCGUAGGUCUUUGAGGGAGCAGUUUGACAGACUCAUCUAUCGACCCUUGACUGAUAUUGGUCCGAACUUACGAGCAGGACUUGUCUUGGUAAUAGAUGCGCUGGAUGAGUGUAACCGAGAGGGAGAUGUACGUACUAUUUUGUCGCUUCUUGCCAAUAUGCAAAGCCUGAGCUCGGCCCGCAUACGAGUCUUUCUGACUAGCCGACCCGAAUUACCCAUUCAUCUCGGGUUUGCCCAAAUGGGCGCCGAGACACAUCAUGAUGUUGUUCUCCACGACAUUCCACCUUCCACCAUCCGCCAUUCUGUCACCAAUAAUGGUGUCUAG